AUGUUUGACCUCCCAGACGCGAAACGCGUCCGUCGCGAUGAACUUCUCUCCGGAGAUCUAUCUUCCCGCUCUCCAUCUCCAGCCCCCGAAUCCGUCGCCCAGGACGCCCAGCAACGUCUCAGAGACCUCCUCAACCUCGACGCCCUGCUCGCACCCGCACAACCCAGUGAGCCCAAACAACCGUCUCAAGACGCCGGCCAUGCUUCAGAGGAUGAAGAGCAGGAAUUCGAGUUCCGCCUGUUCAGCGCUGCGCCGAAACCCGAUGCCAAGAACGAGAAGGCUCCCGCGAGCGGGGAUGCACCGGCCAGCGCGGGGACACAGAAACUGCGAAUCCGGCUUCGUUCGCCGACGCCUGGUGCGGUGGAUGGGGAGGGUCGCUUUCUGAAUCCGUUUCGUGGGUGGGAGUACUACUUUACGACGCCGGGGUUGCUUACGGGGUCGGUUGGAGAGGAGGAUGCCGGGGCGGCGGAGAGGAGGAGGCGGUUUGAGGAGAUGGCGGUAACGGGGGAGGAGAUGGUGGGCUGGUCGAAGGGUUCUUGGCCUGGUUGCCAUCUGCCUUGGCGGGUGAUACGUUUGAAAAGACAGCAUACGAAGUUACCGCCUGCUUCCCAAGAUCCAGCUGCGAUUGCGACUGUGUGCGUCACGGAUCCUCCAGCAAGAGAGCCAAAGUCGCGAAAGAAGCCUGGCAAGAAGCGACGAAUCCAACUACGGAAGCGAGUCACGGAAGCCGAGGAAGCGAAGAUCAAGGAUGCGGAGAAGCGGACUCGCAAGAACAGGGAGCGAAAGAUGAAGCGACGACAAAAGGCACGGGAGUUGAAGGCCGCCGCAGCAGCAGCAUCGGGACAGAGCCAAGACCAAGAAGUUCCUGAUACCGAGAUGCAGGAUGACUCUGAGGCCAGCGACUGA